UUUCACCAGCUGAUUUGUGCCGUGCCUGAGUUUCCAGCAGAGCGAGGAGGAACAUAUGGGGUGGAUCCAGUUUCUCAUUGAAUAUUCCUGUGGUGAAUCGAGCCCUGUUGCACUGAGUGAUCGCUGUUCCCUGCGGUAUCAAUAAUACAGGAGGAAGUUAUUGUCCCUUUGCAGGCCACAGUAUCAGCUAAAGCAAGUGGAGGGAGGGGGUGGUCCUUUCACUCGGCCCUCUUGGGUUUCAGGGCCUGCAGACAGUGGUCUGACUCUGGGGAGCCGGCUGCCGUGCCCUUGCACAGGGCUCAAUUGUAAGUCUGCCUGACCGAGGGAUAAAUGUGUCUAAACAGUGACAGCCUGCACAGUCUCUGCUGGCCCGGCCCCGUCGGUAAGACUACACCCCCAACAGACCCAGAGUCACAAGAUGAGUCCCAGCUGAGAGACGGCUCAAUAGGGAAUCAGUCAGUGGGAGACAUCGGACAGUUAGAGAAUGGGACAGAUAUCCUGGGUGUGAUUAACAUGAUCCAGAUUUUCACCUAGCUGAAUGCUGUGACCUUCCUGUAGCCUUGUGACGGCCCAAAAUACUGAACCCGGGAACACAUAAAACAAUAUAUUGUACAUCCAAAUACAAGCAGUGACCUUAAAGACUGAGAGACAAGUACACCCAAGCUUAACCACACUGCUCUCUUCUUUUUUUAUGCAUAGCAAACAGCCAACCAACAUACUGUAGCACGGCAAGAUAUCUCAUGAAAUAUGAAGCCAAGCAUCAACCCUAAACCCUAGAGACAAAAAAGCAAGAGCCCCAAACAGCUAAAAGCACAGAGAGAGGUAGAGAACGCAGGUGGGAGGGGUGCAGGAGUAGAGAGUGAAAGGUAGAGAAAGUCGGAGUGAUGGUGAAACAGAGAGUGUCACUCAGAGAGAGAGGUCAGCUCCGAGUGGGUCGAUACCGCUGCCUUAGAGAUGCUGGCAAAAGCUUGAAAGGACACUUAAAGAAAUCAAUGGAUUGUAACUGUUGGUGAGUUCUGAAUUUCUUUUUCUCAAAUUAUUUUAUUUAAAACAGAUAUAUCCUUUGCUAUUCUUGCCAAACUUUGAUCUCUUUGAGAACUGUGUAUUUGAAUAUCCUACCUCAUAUUUAUAACUUUUCUUUGGUCACUCUUUUCAGCAUCACAUAUGGACCUACCUUUUAAUAAGUCAUAUAGUCUCAUUAAGUACAUUACCGAAGCUUGUUCUAGUAAGCGCGCAGUGAGAGUGGUAAGGUGAUGUGGUAGCCAGUCAUUAAGGUUUAAUAUCCCCUCUCUGCUGAGAUACUUUACGUCUUGAGUCCACCCCAUUGCUGAAAAUGAAAUAAAAGACGGGCUUUUGUGAAAUCAAUAGGAAAAGCAGCCUGAAGAGAAAGAUGUGACACCACUGUGUCACUACGCAUGCUGCCAUGAGAUGACGAUGUCACAGAAAGGACCAGGGAUGGCCACUCUUAGAUUCACAAGCAUCUUAGUUUGUGCUGUUUUACUGGGACAAGGAUCCCCUGAGAAGACCGGAGGUGGUAAAGAGGACCAGAGAGACGCCAUUCUUAAGGAGAUCAUUUCAAAAUGGAGUACAGGAAGUGCUUGGAAUUCUCAGAAAGCUCCUCCAGAACCAAACCAGGACCAGUCUGUGCACCCUUGGGUGAGGAAUAUCGUGGGAAGCCUAAAAACGCUCGGCCUACUUCCCAGCAAGAGCCUGCCGUCAUUAAACAAGCCAAUUGACAGGCACCGUCUCUCUGGCUUCCUCUACAACAUCUCUCUGUACCUCCAAGAGAUGGGUGCUGAGCUGGAGGAGGCGCCGGCGGAGCCAGAUGAGGAGCAGCUGUGGGAGAAGGUGCUUCAUUACUUCCUCCAGUCUGAAGGGAGCGCUGCACUGAACCAGUGGAACGGCCGGGUGCCACCCCGACCCAGUGUCAGAGUGCAGGACUGGUUUUUGUCCCUGAGGGGCAGCCCUCACUGGGACUGGCUCCUGGGGCUGCUGCAGAGUCUGAUCAGUCUGUCAGAGCGUCAGCCCCAUAGGCCCCUCUUGGCUUUCUUAUCUCAGAACUGGAGGACAGUGAGCGCUGUGUUUGAAGCUGCAAUCCAAGCUCUGCUCAGUGGGACCUAUGGUCAGGCCAGUGCAGGCCUGCAGGGCUUCAUCUGUGCUCUAAAGGGUCGUAGCGACUGUGCCUUCAGUGUCAGCUGGCUUCAGCAGCUGCUGCGUUUCCUAGAAACACGCAACUGGAAGCCUGUGGUCAGUUUACACCCAGCAGGGGAAGGUGCUGAACACAGUAGGAGCUCAAGUGCGUUUGGACGUUUAAAGCCCUUCAGCUUGCCCCCUGAGGCCAUGAUGCAGGAUGGGUUGUCUGGAAAUGCAUCUCUGAAUGAUGCGAUGGCCGCAGAGGAUGACCCCGACUCCAUGCAAAGCUUCCUGCUGCAGGCGUUGUCACGUUCAGGUGGAGGAGAGCGAGGAGGCCACUUGGCACAGAAAAAUCUGGCUCUGGUGCAGAGUCUGGACGGGCUGAGGAGGGGCCUCGUGCACAGGGUGGGCAACUCUGUCUAUGGGAACCUGAGGGAGAAAGUGUCACGAGUUACCAUGGCGCUGCUUGAUGAUGUCAGCAGCCUGGUGGACGUGCCACAGCCCAAUACUCGGGGCCGGUGCUCAGUUGGUGACCUGAGACAACUGAUCUUAUGGGGGAUACGACAUAAUGUGACGUGGAAUACUCAGGCUUUGGGCGUUAACUCCCAGGGUCUCCCAAGCUCACUCCCGUUCCUGUCCUGCCCAUCCACUGAAGCAGAUGAACUGAGAUCGAGACAAACGCCGGCCCACUCGUCUCCAAAAACAGGCCCCUCUUCACGAACAAACUCCAAACAAAACCGCUUUCAUGAUCACUCUACCGCAGACCACAUCUCUCAGAGAGAGAUGGAGUACUCCACCUCUUUAGAAAUUCUGGAGGCCGCAUGUAAUGAAUCCAUCCCAGGCUUAACAGGCGUCUCCAACUUCACCGUGUUCCUCUACUGUAAACUGUUUGAAGGGGAGAAUGGGUCAGUUGAUUCUGCAGAGGCCCAGAUGGGGCUCGACCUGCAUGCCACGUGCUCUGAUGCAGCUUGGUACCUGUCUGCUGCUGAGGAGGACUUCCUUUGGGUUCAUGUCUGCAGUGAAUACUUCGCCCAUGAGUUCAACAACACAGUGUGUGCCAACUCCUCAUUCUGGCUGCAGAGAGCACAUCAGGCUGCAGUGACAAAGGACUACCAUUUUUUCAACCUGACGAGUAUAGACGACCUGUGUGUGCAGCUGACCGCUGAAGCGAUAGAAAGUUCGGUGCUCGAUGAGAACUGUCUGGCCCAGUUGGGCAACAGGUUGCUCAGUGCCCAGGCUUUCAGACACUGCUUCCUGCCCAACAACUCCGUCCUGAUCUCAGCUCUGUGCGGGAGAGAAUUCCCUGACUCGCGUCAAUCCUUGCCAGAGGGCAGCUGGGCCGCGGCGUACUGCUCCAAAAUACACAACAUCUCCCGUGUUGACACCGUGGAGGAGACUUGUCAGUACAGGGCGUGGGCUGUGCAUCAUUUCACCAACUCCACCCUCCUGGAGCUCUGUGGGCAGACACACGGAUUGAGAGAGUACAUUUGUCUGAACGCCACACUCUACAAUCAGCUGUUAAGAUCAAUGCCUCAGUUGGCUGACGUCUGUGCUGAUCUGCAGGCAGAACUGGAGAGCAGGAAGUGCCUCCUGCAGAGGUUUUUCGACAUGCUCCCAGCGCCGUAUGAGUUUGACACAUCGCAGCUGUGUGUGGACCCGGCUCCAAUGCUGGUGGAAGCUCUACACAAGCUGAGUGUGUGUGAGGUCGAGGGAGGGGAGCGUGAGGGUUUUUUGGUGGCGCUGGGAUACGUGUUGCGAGUCCUGGACUUCAUGGUGGGCCUCUCUUCGGGUCUGGACGAGGGGGAAAGAGAGGCGAGACAAGGUUUGAGUCAGGCCAUCCUCCUCUCCAGUCUCCUUGACAACACCUCCUGGGCCACGCUGCAGCCAGAAGCCUCCAUGAGCGUCCUUCACACCGUGGGAGUCUUCCUCCGCAGAGAGCAGAACGCCACUCUCAAAGAGGACCUACUGAGCUGCUUCAGUCCCGUCUUGUGGGACCUCAUCCAGCGGGAUGACAACUCGUCUGCUCUGAGGUUUCUGCUGCAGGAGUACCUCCAGAUGCCAAGAGACAGCAUUCGCACUCUGGUGAUGUCUGCUGAAAAAGAUGCUGUUAAGAGAUUUAUCUCCCAUAUGCAUCAAAGUUGGGACCAACUACAAGUUGAAACCGGCCAGGCAUCUCAAAAAGAGUUGCAGGCCAUGGAAACUAUGACCGCUGCUUUCAUCCACAAGUUCCCCCGAGUGACCCCAGAACUGUUUGUAGACCUGUCUCAGUUCAUCCCCUUCAUGUCUGUCUCUGACAUCAUGAGCUUCCCCGCCUCGCUGAUAGUCAACGACAGCGUGUUGACAGCCAUUCGUGACCACAGCUCAGGGAUGAAGUCGCUGCAGAAAAAGGCCUUUGUGAAAAGACUCCUGCAGUCGAGUGCGGUGGGUGAUGUCCCUACGUGGCCACCGUACUUUCUCACUUCCAUCCUCCCACUUCUGCCUUACCUCCCAGUCAGUCAUUUUCAGCAACUGACAUCACAACAGCUUACUCCACUGGUGGAGUUGCUAGGCAACGGCAGUCUGGAUGGUGUAAGAGGGCGCCAUGUGCUCCGGACCCUCUUCAGCAAGAAGAAGAAUCUGACCAGUGAUAACAUACCGAGGUUGGGAGUCCUUGCAUGUUACCUGGAUCCAGUGGACCUGGGUUCAUUUCUUCAGGACUCAGCUGUGUCCUCGGCUCUCUGGCAGCAGCUGGCUCAGUGCAUGUCCAAGGGGUUCAUCAGUACCAGCGGCAGGCUGUCCUCUUGGUUGAUACCGGCCGUGGAGACCCUGAACGUCAGCAGCAUGGAUCCCUCAGAGCUGUCUGCCCUCAGCGGUCUGUUGCCUCAGUUAGGAGCUUCCUUCCUGCUGUCGCUCCCCUCACAGCAACUCCUAGAAAUCCUCUCACAACCAGGAUUACUCAGAUAUUCCCCAGCACAGGCUUUUCAAAUGUUAGCCAAGAUUUCAAAGGACACCACUCUCACCGUGGAAAAACUGUGCAGGCUGAAGCCGUUACUCUCUGGUCUCUCCCCCGCUGUGCUCAAAGACCUCCAGUGGCCUGACAUCAGUGAAGCUGCCCACUGCCAGUGCUGGACAACGUUGCUAACUGAGCUUAAGCCCGGCCACAGAGCCAUGCUAUACAAUGCAAUGCAGGAGGCUCUACAGAACAUCACUCAGCAGGUAAACUGUCUGUCACCAUUUGUCCCUCUGAAGAAGCUGACAGAAACCUUUGAUGGAGAAACAAUCCUGGGAGAUGUCAGCCGGUACAGAGACAUACGCUGGUCCCCACAGCAGGCUCAGCUUUUGUUCAAAAAGAUCCACAGAUUUAAAAACAUUACAAGCAAGAUGGUGAGGGACUUGGGUCAUAUUGCCAGUGGAAUGAGUUGUGACUUUCUGAAGCUUCGGAGCAACGAUACAGAUUUUGCAGAGCUGCUUCAGUUUGUUAGUGGGCUGCCUGGAGGCACGAGACCUGCUCUGCGAAAAUGUAUUGUAGACGAACUGAGGAAACGACCUGAACUCGACCUCAGUGCUUUGAGCUCUGGGUUUGCUGCAACUUUACCCGUAACGAUGAUAGAGGACCUCUCUAAUGCAUCCUUCAGGGCCGUUCUGGACCACAUUCAGGCACACUUUGCUGAGUUCCUCAGACUGCCGCAGUACAAGCAGACAAAUUUAGCUGAGAAAGCCGUAACUGAGCUGGGCUCUUUUCAGGCUGAGGGGGAGAUUGAUGGCACCACUCUGGACGUCCUGGGGCCUCUACUGCCUUUCUUGGACCGGGACAGUUUGGCUCUGGUGGACAGAGAAGCGCUGGCUCUGCGGCUGGAGGAGAUUAGAAGUUUUUGUCUUCCUAAAGAGGCUCUGAGAGAUAUUAGUGCCCUGCUCACUCAGAAAAACCUGCUUGGGGAGCCGUCCAGAUGGCAAGUCGGGGAUGUGGAACAUCUGGGCAGGCUGGUGUUUUCUCUCUCAAACAAGCAGAUCAACUCCAUCCCACUGACAGUGCUGAAUAAAGACACAGUGGAGCAAGUCCUGGUGGGUCAACGUCGCUGGGAGAACAGUGUGGUGGGUGGAGUCUGUGUUACUGAGUGUAUGGACCAGCGUCGUCAGAGACAGCAGACUCAGAGUCUCAUUCGAGGGAUUGUCAAAGCACGGAGCAGGAGGGCAAAAGUGCCGGUUCCAAGCUGUGCAGACAUCAGAGGGACGUUUCCUUCAGCUUGGACGUCCACUCAGCUCAGCCGGAUGUCACAGGAGGAUCUGAAAGAGUGUGUACAAGUUUUCGCUCAGGACACUUCAAUGAGCUCUGAGCAGCGCCGGGCAUUGUGGGUGAAACUCAGGCAGUCCUUCAGUCCGGUGAGAGAGCUGAGAGCAGAUCAGGUGCUGGCUCUCGGCCCAGUGGUGACUGAGAUGGGAGAAAGAGAGCUGCACGACGCCAGUCUCACUGAUCAGGGUGUGUUGGUUCAUCUGGGGACACUGACGGGCUGGAGCCCUAAAAAGAUGAGAGCGGUGAUUUUAGGUGUGAUGCGGAAACGCAAACUGAAAGUGGAGCAGCUAGCAGCUGUUGAUCUGGCAACAUUUGGCCAUCUGAUGUGUGGCCUGUAUCCCUCAGAGAUCAGAAGACUGAGCCCCCACAACCUCAGUAUGGCGGUUCUGUUCCUGCGGGAGGCAUCCCUGCCCUGCACAGAGUACCAGAUGGAGGCAUUGACAAGCCGUUUGUCCAGACCUGAGGCCUUUGGUCCUGUCAGUGCUUGGGGACCAGAAGUUUUCACUGAAAUUGGGACAUUGGCAGUGGGCCUGGAGGACAUGGUGCUGUCAGCUCUGGUACAAGAACAAGUGGAGGGUAUUACCCCUGAAGCCAUCGCCCUGAUGUCACCAAAAAAGAUGGCAGUGGUGCUCAGUGCGGUUCAGAUGUCGUGGCUGAGUGCAGAGCAGGCGUGGGCCGUCACAGAAGAGCAGUGGGCCGAGCUGGACGCCGAGCAGAGGCACGCUGUCGGACUCGCUCGAUACGAAGGAGACGCCCUGCUGGAACUGAGAGGGAGAAGCUCGGCUCCAGCAGCAGACAGCCUCUCUGUACGCUCGCUGGCUCUGUGCCUCUUGUUAUGGCAACUCAUUUAACAGGCUGGAACCAAUGUAAUUGUCCCUCGACCUCCCUUGGUAUCAUCAUAUUUGUACUUCAAAUAAAUAUUUUGAAUUGUUCUGUUCCCUUUGUGCAU